AUGAGCCACACCGAUGACAUUGGCGCUCCGGCGCAAGCUGUUGACCAGGAAAAGGGCAUCAACAACAGUCCUCCUGCUUCUGCUCCUGCGUCUAAGAAUGAAGAUGCUGUUCUGGCCCAUGAAGAGGCAGAGCUCAUUGACUACAAGACUUUGACCUGGUGGCAAGGUGGUAUUGUCCUCAUCGCCGAGACAGUCUCCCUCGGUAUCCUCUCUCUCCCCUCCGUCCUCGCCGCCGUCGGCCUCGUCCCAGGAAUUAUUCUCAUUCUCGUCAUGGGUUUCCUGUCAACAUACUCCGGUCUUGUCCUCGCCGAAUUCCGCGAACAAUACCCCUUCGUUCAAAACUUUGGUGACGCCGUCGAAGUUAUCGGCAAGUCUAUCGGAAUGGGUCGCGUCUUCCAAGAGGUCUUUGGUUGGGCGCAGGUCAUUUUCCAGGUUUUUGUCAUGGGUAGCCAUCUUCUCACCUGGACCAUCUGCAUCAACACUCUUACCAACAGCUCGACAUGCACCAUCGUCUGGGCUGUUGUUGGAUUGGCCAUCUUCUGGCUUCUCAACCUUCCCCGUACUUUAAAGUACACGAGUUACAUGUCCAUGGCUUCUUGCAUGUCCAUCACUCUCGCUGUUCUCAUCACUGUCGGCGAUGUUGCCCACGAGCGACCCAUCGGUACUGGAAGCAUCGAGAUUGCUCGCGAGCUUGGUUUCACAGGCGCAUUCCUUGCUGUUACCAACAUUGCCAUCUCUUUCUCCAGCCACUCUUGCUUCUUCACCGUCAUCAACGAGUUCAAGGAGCCCAAGGAUUGGCCCAAGGCUUUGGCUUUCCUUCAGAUCGUCGACACUGUUCUCUACCUUCUUGCCGCUGUCGUCAUCUACGUCUUUGUUGGCCCUGAUGUCCCAUCUCCCGCCCUUUCCGCUGCUGGCUCUCAUACCAUGCGCAAGGUCAUCUGGGGUAUCGCCAUCCCCACCAUUGUCAUCGCUGGUGUUAUCUACGGUCACGUUGCCUCGGCCUACAUCUUCCAGCGAAUCUUCCGCAACACCAAGCACAUGAUCCGCCGAACAAAGCUGUCCACCUUUGCCUGGGUUGGUAUCACUUUCGGUAUCUGGGCUCUUUCCAUGGUCAUCGCCGAAUCCAUCCCUGUCUUCAACAACCUUUUGGGUCUCAUCUGCGCUCUGUUUGCCAGUUGGUUCUCUUACGGUCUUCCCGGUAUUUUCUGGCUUUGGAUGCAUUACGGCAACUGGUUCAAGGAUGGAAAGCAGACUUGCCGCUUCUUUGCCAAUGUUCUUCUUUUCCUGACCGGUUUCCUUAUUUGUGUUCUUGGUUUGUGGGCUUCCAUUGAGGCUAUUGCCGAGGGAGGAAGCAAGCAGCCUUGGUCCUGCGCGAGUAACGCUGCCGAGUAA